GUGCCUGGAUCUACUUCUACCACUACCGCCUCUUCAUCGUCCGAACCCUCAACAACAGCUACAAGCAAAACAGCCCCAUCGGCCUCCUCGUCUGCGUCCGCGCCUCAGAGUACCGCUGACGACGUCACCUCGGCUACGUAUAUCGUUCACCAGCAGCCGAGGCAUGAUAACAGUGAUAGCGAAGCCGCGUCUGAAGACGAGCAGCCUCAGCACCAGCAGCCGAUGGCUAUCGAGCUCGUUCCUUACAAUCACCAGGUAUCUCCACUCUUCCAAUCAACCCAGAGAAUAGCUCACUGACAUAGAUAUUAUAGGUCGGAGGUCACACCGCGCUCUUCCGCUUCUCUCACAAAGCAGUCUGCAAAGCGAUGGCGCGCCGUGAGAAUCUAUGGUACGAAGCCGUCGAGGAAAACCACUCUGAUCUACUAAAAUUCAUGCCCAAGUACAUCGGCGUGCUCAACGUGCGCCAUGUCGUCGACUCUUCCUCUUCAGAGUCGGAGUCCGACGAGCAGCGCGAAUUGAGCCAGGACGAGCUCAAGCAGCUCGGCGAGCAACAACCGCACGACGGCCCGUCGUCUCUGAAUAAAGACAGUAUACUUAAUGCUGACACGCCAACAAACGUACGUUCAAGCCCCGUCGUGAUCUCGUCCGCGUCAAGACGGAGAUACAUGCCUGAAGUUCUACUCGACGACAACCGACACAUCAUCCCCGAAUCAAUCUACAAAAGAUACUCUUCCUCCGCGCCUGAAGACUCUGCAGACUUCAUGCCACUCUCCGCCGCCGGCGACGACGACAACGGCGGCACCGACGCCGACAACGAAAGCACCAUAAGCCCGAUGGCGGCCCACUCCCGCUCAAAGACAGCAAGCUCGCCAAUGUCGAGCUGGGGCUCGCCGCCGUCCACGACGGGAUCCACGCAAAUCAACCGCAAGCUGCAAGAGCAGGUGCUCAAAGAAGUGCUCGGGUUCUCGUCUGUCGCGCAGCAGCGGCAACGAAACUCGCCGGCCUCGUCAUACCACAAGAGCAGGCGGCACCGCUCGUCGACCAGUCUUUCGUCGUCGCCGAUGCUGGGGCCGUCGGGGCCCGCGGUCAGCGACGGCGAGAUCAGCGCCGAGGCGUCGCCUAGAACGGGGCCCGCGAAGGAGUCUGACGUGUUGUUUCCGAUCGACGAUAUCCUCGAGAUGCCAGAGCCGGGCGCGAUAGCUACGCCUUCGUCUAAAAAGACAAGGUCGUCGUCGACAUCCGCCGCGCCGUCUGCGUUUUUGAGCGCGCACGAUCUCGACGCAACGGCGGUGUCAACACCACCACCCCGACAGCUCCGCGAGCCGAUGAAGAAAAAGAAGAAGCAGAAGAAGAAGAAGACGCGGAUCGAGCGAUUCUUGCUGCUCGAAGACCUUACAGCGGACAUGCAGCGGCCGUGCGUGCUCGACUUGAAGAUGGGCACGCGGCAGUACGGCAUCGACGCGACACCCGCCAAGCAGGCCUCGCAGACUGCAAAAUGCGCGUCAACUACGUCGCGCAAGCUCGGCGUGCGCGUGUGCGGCAUGCAGGUCUGGGACGCGUGCGCGGGGGAUUAUAUAUACCGGGACAAGUACGACGGGCGGAAGUUGAAGGCCGGCGCGCAGGUGCGGAGCUGUCUGCGGGAGUUUUUGACAGGCGGGUGGUCUCCCGAUUCGAGCGCGGCGAGCACGGCGGACGCGGCGGUGUUGCGGCAUAUUCCGCGGAUCCUGCGCAAGCUGAACGAGAUCGAGCAGAUCAUCCGGCGUCUGGUCGGCUACAGAUUAUACGGCAGCAGCAUGCUGCUGAUGUACGAUGCCGAGAACACGACGCGCAAGAUCAACCUGCGGAUAAUCGACUUUGCGCAGUGCGUAGCGGCGGGGGACUCUGCGCUCGCGAGCGCGAGCUGUCCGCCGCGGUUCCCGGACCUGCCUGAUAUGGGCUACCUGCGGGGCGUGCGCACGCUCAAGCGGUAUUUCUUCCGGAUCGGGCGCGAGGCUGCUAGUAGUGUUGGCGCGGACUUUAGAGCGCUUAUGGAUGAAGGGCGGGGGCCUGCGGGCGAGGUGUAUGAUUAUACGGCGCUGGUUAGGGAUAUUGGUGCCGGCGAGGACGACGACGACGACGACGAGCAAGACGAGGACGAAGACGGUCUUGUGUCUGUCUAGGCUGGGUGUUUACGUUUUUGCUUAUUUUACUGUACUAUUAACAAAAGCUAGUAUGGUGUUCAUAAUACCUUGACUUGGUGUUUUGGCUUUCCUUUUGACUUUUACCUUUUUAAUAAUAGUCUCAGACGUCUGAGCUUUUGGUAUAUUGUAUAAUACUCUUUGAUUGCCUUACUUUCUUUG